GCGGCGCCGUCGUCCAAGUUGGUUGCUCUGCUCCGGGGAGGCCGUUGGGUUCCUGGAAGCAGGCAAGGCUAUCAUUGCCAUUGGCUAAACCAAUCUGCGUGGAAUCGCAGCAGAAUCCCCAAAUUGUGGAGCUGUUCCGAGUAAUCCAACCGCUUUUUGCUCGAUUCGCUGGGGUACGGUGGGGGCGGACACACCUGUGGGAUCUGACAGGUCCGGAGCGUGGUCGCCCACCAUCCCCCACAUCCUUCCCCCACGUCGCUAUCUCUCGGCUACAGCGCCGGCCUCGCCUCGGCGUCCUCACCCUGCGCUGCUUGCCGUGGCAUUGGCAACCAACCGCAACCACUCGGGGCUCCGCCUCCGGCUGCGUCCCGGGCCCCGUUCGCCUCCUUUUUCACCACGACUGAUUGCUUCUUGCUUGUUUUUUCUCGCGUCCUGUGAGUUGGAUUUUGGCCCCGGACACUAGCGCCAAGUGGCCGCUGUUCCUGCAGUGCCCUCGCUUCGUCUCCGCCUCCCCGGGCAUUAAAAGCCCCCAGCGAAGAGCGGAGUUACGUUCUUGGCGCUCCGAGAUGAGGAACAAGGCGGCGGCGGGCUCCGGCCUGCAGCCGCAGAGGGCGGCGGAGAAGGGCCGGGGAGCGGACGCGGUGGUGGUGGUGGCCGUGCGCGCCGCCGCGAGGGAGAUCUCCAAGACGGCCGUCGUGUGGGCGCUCACGCACGUCGUCCAGCACGGCGACAGCAUCCUGCUGCUCGUCGUCAUCCCGCCGCCGAGCUCAGGUAGGAAGUUCUGGGGCUUUCCAUUCUUUGCGGGGGAUUGCGCAAGUGGCCACAAGGCCGUGCUGAAUCAGAAGUCAGACGUCUCUGAGUUGUGUUCUCAGAUGAUGCUAAAACUUCGUGAUGUCUACGAUCCCAACAAGGUAAAUGUGAAGGUCAAGAUUCUAUCUGGAUCACCUUCUGGUACCGUGGCUACUGAAUCAAAGCGAGCACACGCGAGCUGGGUUGUGCUAGACAAGGAGCUGAAACACGAGGAGAAGCGUUGUCUGGAAGAACUGCAGUGCAAUAUUGUAGUUAUGAAGCGCUCUCAGCCCAAAGUUCUUCGGUUGAACCUGGUGGGAAAGCCUGAAAAGGACUCAAAUUCAACUCCAGAGUUACCACCCGAGCCAAGUACAUCAGAUUCUAAUACUGCAAGUAAUAUUAAUGAGCAGCGGAGUUCGAUUCAAGGACCGUCUGUCACACCAAGUAGCAGCCCAGAGUCGGAAGCUCCGUUUGACACUACUGAUGCUGGAACUUCCUCUGUCUCAAGCUCUGACCCUGCCACUUCUCCAUUUUGUGCUUCAGAUACGAAUAGCUCUUUGACGAAAGAGGCAACCAAGGAUAAUAUCCAGCAUUCAGAUGCUAAUAUAUCGGACUCUGAGAGUGAAGCUUCAACUCCAGCUGCCUCAUCGCUUCAGCCAUGGAUGGUUGACAAGUUACAGGGUCCUGCAUCCACUCGACUACUAGGAAAUCGCCCUAGAAGGACACCUACAGCAGAUUCUUUGCUCGAGAAGAUUGCCAAACUGGAUCUCUUGACUGAAAUCAAUGCAAUAAGAAGCAGGUCUGACUUAAACUUCAGAGGGAAUGUGAGAGAUGCUGUCUCAUUGUCCAGGAGGGCUCCUCCCGGACCACCGCCUUUGUGUUCUAUAUGUCAGCAUAAGACACCUGUAUUUGGGAAACCACCACGGUGGUUCAGCUAUGCGGAACUGGAGCUUGCAACUGGUGGUUUUUCCCAAGCAAAUUUCUUGGCAGAAGGUGGGUAUGGUUCUGUUCACAGAGGUGUCCUCCCUGAUGGCCAAGCAAUUGCUGUAAAGCAGCACAAACUUGCUAGCUCCCAAGGCGAUGUUGAGUUUUGCUCAGAGGUGGAGGUUCUAAGUUGUGCACAGCACCGGAAUGUUGUAAUGCUAAUUGGUUUUUGUGUUGAAAAUAAGAGGCGCUUGCUAGUUUAUGAGUACAUCUGCAAUGGAUCACUGGAUUCACAUCUUUACGGUCGUAAUGAAGAAACUCUGGAGUGGGCUGCCAGACAAAAGAUUGCAGUAGGAGCCGCCAGAGGUCUGCGAUACCUCCAUGAAGAAUGCAGGGUUGGUUGUAUAAUCCAUCGUGACAUGAGACCAAACAACAUCCUUGUCACACAUGAUUUUGAACCUCUGGUUGGAGAUUUUGGCCUGGCUAGAUGGCAACCUGAUGGAGACAUGGGUGUUGAAACAAGAGUUAUUGGCACAUUUGGUUAUCUGGCGCCUGAGUAUGCUCAGAGUGGGCAAAUAACUGAGAAGGCUGAUGUCUACUCAUUUGGGGUUGUACUUGUGGAACUUGUCACUGGACGGAAGGCUGUCGAUAUUAACAGACCGAAGGGCCAGCAAUUCUUAACAGAAUGGGCUCGGCCUUUGUUGGAAGAGUAUGCAAUCGAUGAGCUGAUUGACCCUCGCCUAGGAGGUCGCUUCUGCGAAAACGAGGUCUACUGCAUGUUGCAUGCAGCAAACCUGUGCAUAAGGCGCGACCCUCAUUUGAGGCCGCGCAUGUCCCAUGCCCUCCGCAUACUGGAGGGUGGUGACAUGGCGGUGGAUUCAAGCAGCGAUGCUGGGAGCAGGAGCUGGCGGCUGCCAAACGAGCACCAGCAUUACCAAGAGCAGAGUAGCCCAGCUCCACAUGAUUCCCAGCGUGCUCAAGAGACCGCGAGAAGCCCCUGGGGUCAAGAUCGACACAACUUGUCUCACAGAUACUAGCAUUUAUAUCCCUGUGCAGGAUGCCGUUGAGUCUGUGUUAUUCAUAGUCCUUUUUUGUGUAGCGGCCUCUUCAUUCUCUCGUUACUUUUCUUUGGGCCUUUUUGCUACUAAGUCAUGUGCAUAGUGGCCGAAAAUGGUAGUCGGAGCAGAGCUCUGGAUUGUUAAUGGCAGCAGUAGCAGUAGCUCCUGGUCAUAUUUGUGUAUGGAUGGAGGAGGAGGAGAGGGUAUGUAUCGUCCGAUGGUUGUUUAUAGUGCUUGCUUGAUACUAGCGUGGAAUCUCGUAGCUUAUUUUGUGGGGGAAACCAUAAUCAAUUGCACGGGGCCUCUUUACAAGAACAA